UUGGAAAAGAGAAAGAAUUUGGGGAAAAACGAGCCCCAUUCGAAACCCUUUUCCUUCUCCCCUUUUUUCUCUCCGUUUCGUUUCCUCCUCUCUCCCUCGAUUCCCUCUUCCCCUACUCGCCAUUGUCGCUUCUUCACCGUCACAGUCCACAUCUCCCUCCGGCUCUGUCCCGCAUCCUCCAUCGUGGCUAUGUCUUAGAUCGUGACUAUCGCUGUUCUCCGAGCAACGCCAAGCUUGUCGUAACUCUCCAUCUCCUUCCACAAGCUUGGCACUGUGAAAGGAUUGACGGAGAAGACAAUGAUCAUCCUCACCUUCCCGGCAAAGAUGACGACCCGUCUCCCCUUCCUACACUAGCCAUCCUUCCCUUACCGGCGACGACGACGAAGAAUCUGAGGUAACUCUCUCCGUCCCACUAUCUCUCUCUCCCAUACCCAGAUCUGGGUUUUUGGUGUAGAACUGGUAUUGAUACCAGUGAACUGGUAGUUUAUGAUUAUACUCAUAUGUGAGUACCGGUAUUGGUACCAGUGUACUGGUAGUUUAUCAUUAUCCUGGAUUUUUCUAGAUUUGUGAUUUUUUAAUUAUUCCUUAUCAGUCUAGUUUUUCUCUCUCAUACCCACGAAGAUGUUUUUUUUCUUGUGGUAAUGUUACCACUACAAUGAUAAUUGUAGUGUUUGAGUUUUUGUUGAAUGUUAUUCCAGUGGUAUGUCUAUCACUGGAGUGGUAUAAAUUGUUGAUUCUGGUACGGAAGUAUACCACUCCAGUGAUAGUUGAUUCUUGGAUAAUGUAGUGUUGUUUAUUUGACUGCAGUCUAUCAACACAUUGAUAUAGUUAACCAUGUGAAUGUUUUUGUGGCAUAUUGUGUCUAUCACUUUAGUGGUAGAUCUAUCACUGCAGUUGUUGAUCUAUCGUUGUAGUGGUAGAUCUAUCGCUGCAGUGGUAGUUCAUUGUGAUGUUUUUGUGGUAGUGCUAUCACUGUAGUGGUACAAACAAAAUCAUUAUGGUUGUUUAAAGUACAACUACCGUAGUAGUAGUUAUGUUUAGAAUGGCUUUCUAGGAUAGAGCCAAUGGAUUGAUAUAUCUGCAGUGAAAGUCUUAUUGUUGAUCUCAUCUAUCAGUAGUUAUAUUUAUUGGUUUGACUUUUGAUUUUACCUUCUUUGAUUUCAGUCAGAGCAGUGAGUUCCUCAAGAAGUUGUGGAGCGGCGUCGGAUGCACGCUAGGAAAGACAAAUCACACGGAGCAGGGAGUAGAGCACGUUCCGGACUACAAGCGAGAGCGAUUAGGGAGCUUGCAAAAUGGAGCAAUGACAAUGAAGAUAUUUAUGGUCCAGCAACUCUUAAUGUCGAGUUUCAACGAAAGUCAAAGAGGCUUGAGGUGGAAAAAUAUAUUGUAUUCAUUUGGUUAAUCAAAUUGAUGAAGAAUUUAAUGGAUGCAUAUUUUGGGAACUUUAAUGGUAUUUGGUGCUCUAUUUUCACAUUAGUAGUAUCCUUCCCCCAAUUCUUAUAGUUUAGUGGCGUGUAGUGUAUUUCUCCCAUACAAAAUACAAAUGAAGUGGUACAUUAUAAGUGGCAAAUACGAGUUAGAGUGAGAACAAUACCAGUGCAAUGAUAUUUUUCAUAACAAUGAUAAACAAUAACGGAGCAACAAUGCAGUAUCACUUCAACGAUACAAAUACCACUCCACUGGUACACGUACCACUCCACUGGUACACGUACCACUCCACUGGUGCGAGCAAUCCACAAGGUAGGUCAGAGGCGAUCCCAGGAUGGCGGCAGCUGGAGAUAGGAGGAUGGUGGUGGGGGAAGGCGCUGGAGGAGUACGACGGUUGGAGGGAUGGAGGCGGCACAAGUGGAAGGCGUGGAUGAAGAUGGCGGAGAGGGGUGAUGGCGGUGGCGGCUGCGGCUGCGGGAGGAAGAAGAAGAUGAAGAUGAAAAUGGGGGAGGGUUUUGGUCGUUUCAGAGUAGAGGAGGGUUCUGGUUAAAAUGAAAUCAAAAUGGAAAGGGGCCCAAAUGGAGAGAGAAGGAGACGAAAGGAAGAAAAAAAGGCAAUUAAUUGCACAUUUGGGGGGGGGGGGGGAGCUUUUUUCUGAUUCCCCAUAUUCUUUCCCUUUCCAAUGUGGGUGAGAGACCCUAAAUUACAAGAUUAAAAAUAAAUAAAAAAACAGUUUAAAUAAUACUUGCCAAUGAUUGGAAAUAAAAUUAGUCAAUCAUAAAGGGGGUGUCGAAAAUCACUACCCCUUUAGGGGUUAGCAUAGUAUCCGACCCCUAGCAAGUGUAAUGGUUCUACUAGUGAUUUAUGUUGGUUAAUAUUAGUUUAAUAAAAUAUGUAGAAAUGUAAAAUAUCAUUAAUAUUAAUAUUUAAUGUUUAUAAGUAAAUAUUUAUAUUUGAAUUUAACAAAUAAUCAAUAUUUUACUUUAAAAUACAUUAUAAAUUAUUUUUUGAUUAAUUAAAUUUAAGCUACGUUAUUUUAGUUAAGAGUUUUAAAUUAAUCAUGCCGGUGAUGUUUAUACCGUUUUCAUUGUCGGCAUGCUAUCAACAUGACAACCAUGGUGCUAGCCUGCUAGGUUCUAAACUUCUAAUGUAAUCCUUGCAAUCACGAGACACACCACACAUGUAAAGUUUAUGACAAAAUUAAUAAAUUCUUAUGUAUGUUUAUGAAAUGGAUUAAUCUAAUCUGGUGAGAUAAGAGUAUUUUGUUACGGUAUUAAAGAUCACUUUUUGUCAAUUAAUUGUUUUGUAAAUGAAAUCUUCCUUAAAAUAAUUUAUAUUAUGAAAUAAGGAAACACAUAAGAUAACAUUUUAGACCAAAGGGUUUGGUGAGUUUAAGGAGUACCAAAUUGUCCAAGCAUAGAGUAAUAGGGUCAAUACAAACAAAAAGGGCAUUUUCGUGUACACCUUCCCGAGCAUUAUCUUAUUGCUUGACCAGUUUGAUCGUGUUAGGCAGUCGGGGGAACCAACAGUUGAGCUGAAAUUGGAUGCAUUUGCGUGACGGCAAGCUUCAUGUUAUACGUGGAACACGUGGAAUUUCAUUCUUUGUAAGGUGCAUUGAAAAUCUUGUUCCUUCUAUAGUUCUAUUCUAUUGGAUAUAAAAAUGAAACCACAGAUUAAAAUUAAAUACAUUAUUACAAUUUACGACAGAGGGUUAAAUUUACGCUUAGGGAAGCUGUCCGUUGGUGUUUAGCGCACAGGUUUAUGAUCAUGCGGUUUGAAGGGGAUAUCAAGGUGGUCAUUGAUAAGAUCUGUAAGGCUGAUGUGCGUGACAAUCGGGUUGGGACUAUUUUGAAGGAAAUGGUUCAAAUUUUCAGGGAUAAUCCGGGUUUUACUGUACGAUUUGUAGGUCGGGGUGACAAUAGGGUAGCUAAUAUGGUAGCUAGACAUGCCCUUUCUUUGUUCCUGACUACGUGUUGUUAUUUUGAUUUCCAAACCUGACUGGCUUCCAGGAUGUAACUAUCGAUUUGUCUCUAUCAAUAUAUGAUUAUCUUUGUCAAAAAAAUAAAAAUUAGUCAAUUAAAUCGGCAUAACCAAAAAUUAUAUCAUGCACUAAUUCUCAUUCGCGAUAAGGCGAGGUUCAGAAAUUCUUUAACACAUUUUGUGGAAAGAGAGGUCAAUAUUACAGUUUUGUAUUAGUGAUUGAAAAAAUAUUUAUAAUUAGUGUUAUAAUAUUAUAUGUACUUCUAUGCCUUGGUAUGAAACAUGUUUCUUUGUUAUAUUUUGCAUCAAAUAUAUAUUUUGCAUAAAAAAUUAUCCAAAAAUUGCCAGCUGCGAUCGAAUUGUGGUUUGGGUGAUAUGAAUGUCUAAAAUAUCUCUAAUAAUUUUACUAUAAUUUUUCUUUAUUUCUUUUUGUAUACCCCUAAUAUUUUCACUUUAUCCAUAAUAAUUUCACUUUAGCGAGACAUAGUGAAAUAAAUGAAUGGUCAAAACUGAC